GUACAGAGACUACUCAACCCUCUUUAGUAGGUACGGAGACAGGUGAUGCAGGUGAUGCAGGAGAUGCAGUAGAGGGACAGUUGGAUCAAGCAGUUGAUGUACUCGAUGCUUUAUUAGAUUCCAGGAAUCAUAGAAGUCCUUCUCCAUCGGUAUCUCUUCAUUUAGAUCAUGGUACAAAUGAGGAUGAUAAUGCUUCGUUGUCACCAUCAGCGUCUAUACCUUCACCAUCAUCAAUGGCUUCAACUCUAGUGUCACGAAUACCCGUAGAAAUUGUGGGCAAGGAUAGAUUAUAUCCGGGAAAUGAUGUUUCAAGUUUCAUGACUAAACUCUUCAAAGAGAAACUUUGUCCAGAGGGGUACACAUGGGCUUCAGUGACGAAGGAUACAUUGGAUUGGUAUUGGAUGUUAUUCAAG